CUUCUUGAUGUCAAUCACCCAUCCACAUUCACAUCCACACCAGUCUGACUCUGACCAAGACAAGCUUCUCACCUGUUCAUCAUUUGCUUGGUCUUGCCACAUACACACCUCGAUUAUUACUAUUAUCGUCACCAUUCAUUAUUAUCAUCACGAUCAUAAUUAUCAUAAUUUAAAUUUUAUCAUUUAUCAUUCUAAUACAAUCCAAACCACACUCCAACAAUGGUAGCCAUCACCGCCCGCGACCGACCCAAAACCGACUACGAGCGCUGGCUUGAACUCCAAGGUUCCGACGACGCAGCUGGCAGCGAUGAAAAGCAAUACCAUCCUCCAGCACCUCCACCUGUUCCAGAACAUGGCCAAGGUGCGCAUGCAAAAGCAGACGAUGAUAAACAUAAAUACACCCCUCACGGCACAUUCAUCCAUCAUGGGUAUCAUCAUGAACGGCCUGGAACGUCAGCCGACAACAACAUCAUCGCCAACAAUCAUCCACAUGCACUGCUACCGCAUCACUUGGAUAGUUCGUUUUCUGGAAACUAUGGAGGUGUUGCGAUGAAGUUGGCUUUACUGGUAUUCGUGGUAUUGGGGUUACUGCGUGCGGUGCGGUUUGUUCGAGGCAGACGAUAUCAACCUAUUCGGUUGCAGAGUCCGAGCACGGUGCAGGGUGGAUUUGGAGGGAGGGAAGACGGGGGGAAGAGGAAUUUAGUUUGAUUCGAGGGGGACACCUAUGUGUUCUGGGGGAUGUUAUCGACGUUGCUUGAUUUCUGCUACUGGUGUCGGAGGAGUUGGUGGAAGUUCUGUAUACAUCUUUGCUUGUUGUACUACCAUGUCUGUAUGCUUUGAUAUCCUAUCGUUCAUAACUAUGUGUGUAAAUUUCACAUAAAUUCUACAUGAAUAAUGAAUCACCCUCAAGUCGCAU